GUGACAUGUAAUGCAGAGCCGGUUUUUAAGCUGCGGAAAAUGCCCGUAGGUCCAGAGCGUACCCGCUGCCGCUUUUUUCUCUACGCAGCUUAUGUCCGCCAAGUUCCCAAUGCCUACUCCAGAGCAGAUUGUCGGUAUCUCAUGCACUUGUGUCGGAUGCGGUCCUGGCGGCGGCACCUCCAUGGUAGCACGAGUUUCCAUCGUUAAUUAUGAAGGACAGACGGUGUAUGACACUUAUGUGCAGCCGACCACCCAGGUGUCUGACUAUCGCACAGGCACUACGGGCAUAGAGCCCGGGCACUUGGAUCCGGCUAAUGGCGCCAAGGCGUUCCUAGAAGUCCAACAGAACGUUGCGCGCGUUAUUAAAGGCAAAGUAAUCGUCGGCCACUCCCUCUGGCUGGAUCUUUCCGUACUCGGAAUACCACAUCCGCGGUUAACACGCGCGACGUGGCGCUCUACCAACCGUUCAAGAACGCGCUCCGCGGGUCGGCCAACCAGGUGAUUGGUCUGCAAACCCUCAUGUGGCAUCUCAUGCGCCGCCGCGUCCAGGACGGUAAGAUAGAUGCUCUCGAGAACGCACGCGCGGUGUGGAUCUGUACCGCUCGCAUGGUGCCGAAUGGGAAAGCGGCGUGUCGAAAGGGCAGUGGCCUUGCGCACUGCCGCCGUCCCAUUCUCUCGGUGCUUUACGUGAAGAUACGUCUGCCCGUCCGCGCGCCCAGAUAUGAUGGGGUGCCGUCCGUGCUGAUUAGAUGCAGAGGCCGAAAAGAUCUGGACCGCUGAUAGACUUAUGUAUAUAUCCUUA